AGACAUGAGCAAUAUGCUCUGCGCACCUUAAUAUAUUGUUACUCAUCAGCUUUCUAACCUCAAGUUGGUGCUAAAACUGUAAUGGCUAGUAGUGUUACUGAUAGUAAUAAUGCAGAGCUUUACCAAGCUCUGAUAAAAAAAGAUGAGCAGAAAGUGCUUGAUCUUUGCGAAAAAUAUGCAGAAGAAGAGGGUCCAAUGCGUGUAGUAACCAUACACAAAGACACUAUUUUACAUGUCGCCUUGUAUUCCAUGCAAGUAGGAUUGGUGAUCAAGUUAUUGGAAAAUUUAUCGCCCCAAUACAUACAUCUGAUGGACCGUAAAAACUCUGGGGGAAACACUGUUCUUCAUGAAGCAGCCACCUACGACAAAUUAUUGGAUGCAGUAGAAAUGAUGUUGAAAUUGCGCAAAAAUUUGUUAACCAUAACGAACAAUAACAUGGAAAAUCCGCUUUUCCGUGCUGCUCGCUAUGGACAAAAGGCGAUAUUCAAGUUUCUGAGUGGUUGUAUAGUGAAGGAUUUUGAUACAGAGGAGCUGGAGAAGUAUCAUCAGAAGUUUGAUGGGAGUACUGUCCUUCACGCAGCCAUUGCCGCAGAACAUUUUGAUUUGGCCUUUGAAAUUGCCAAGAAGUAUGACCACUUAAUUGACCUAAAAGACGGUGAUGGACUCACUGCUCUACAACUUCUUGCCUGCAAUCCAGCAGCAUUUCAUUUUCGUGGUGAGGGAUGGCUGAUGGCAUUGAUUGACUCGCGUAUUAAAGCCGAUGGUGAUGAGUGAUGACUGUUCUGGUCACUUGCAUGAAGCUGCAUCAAGUUACAGAGUACCCUGGUGGGACGAAAUGGUUGAUAGAAGGAAAAAGUAUAAAGAAGCUGUAAAGCUUGCGAAUUUCUUAAUACCAAAGGAUACAUCAUGGAAAAUCACCAAGUCUGUAAUUGACCAAAGAGAAGCUGAAGCUGUUAACGAAAAGCAACCGGAAAGCAAAAAGAAAACUGAGAAGGAGAUAGCUAUGGAAAAGAAGAUGGCUGAGAAACAACAAACGCCACUGCUUCUUGCAACUCAAACAGGCUGCUUUGAAAUUGUCGAGAAAAUCCUGCAGGUUCACCCACAGGCUGUUGAGCAUAUCAACGAGGAUGGCCGGUGUAUUCUACACAUAGCAAUUAAGUAUCGCCAGCUGCAGAUAUUUGAAAUGGUACAGCAGAUGGAAGUUCCCAUGAGACGGUUGAUACGAAAGUGUGAUGCAAGGGGGAACUCAAUCUUACACAUGGUUGGGAAAAAGGUAGUUAAUGAAGCGGUGGAGCAAACUGAAAAGCGCAGCCCUUCUUUUCAACUGCAAGAUGAUUUGUUAUUGUUCGAGCGCAUAAAAAAGGUGAUCAGACCACACUUUCACAAGCACACAAACGUGGAUGGGGAAACUGCUGAGGAGCUAUUUGUGGAGCAUAAAGAAGAGCUUCGUGAUCGAUCCCAAGAAUGGCUAAAGCGCACAGCAGAGAACUGUUCCAUUGUCGCUGUACUCAUUGCCACUGUCGCCUUUGCAGCCGCAUACACAGUACCAGGAGGUUCAAAAGACGAUGGCUCCCCAGUUCUAAUAAAUCAAACAUUCUUCAUCAUUUUCACCAUCAGUGACGUUCUGUCACUCACAUUUUGCCUGACAGCGGUUAUUAUAUUUCUCUCAAUCUUGACCUCAUCCUUCCGCUUAAAAGACUUCAAAAACUCACUUCCACAGAAGCUAAUGCUGGGGAUAUCAUGUCUGAUAUUAUCCGUGUCCAUGAUGAUGUUAGCAUUUGCCGCGACAGUCAUUCUGAUGAUACGACACAAUCAACAGUGGACUAGCAUCGCCAUGUACUUGGUUGCGUUUCUUCCUGUCACUGUUUUUGCAAGUAUCUACAUGCCUCUCUAUAUUUCGCUCUUGGGGACUCUCAGAUACACCUUGGUAAAAAUCUGGUCAUUUUUUCCCCGGUUCACUUGUCACUCUUCUACCCAAUCUUUACAUGAGAUGAAUGAAAAACAAGGCAGGAUCCCCCAGACGAAAAAGGAUAUGUCUUCUCCAGUUUAAAUUGAUCAAGUCGUGUAAAGCAUUGUGUGUUUUCUCAGUGUGUGGCAGCCAAAUUUCUGUGUAUCAUAUUGGAGUGCUGAUGAGUGUUAAGAGUUGCCAGCUUUGUGACAUUGUGACUGGUGUCAUUGCCACUAUCAUCCUAUAACUGUUUUAUGUAAAACAAUCUAUUGCUAUGUAAUUCAUAUAAAAUGUGUUCUAAUGUAUUCUAUUGUAUUACGAUUUAUAAAAGAUGUAAGGGAAUUUAUCAAAUAUACCUCUAUUUAACAUAUUAA